AUGGCAGGUCACAGAUCUACGCUAAAAAAAGCGAACAAGUCUUUCAAAAGCCCUCAUUCCUCAAAGAGAUCCCUCAAAGCGCUCAAUAAGGGUAAGGUCGAGAAGACCGUUGCCAACAACAAAGCCGUGAAAGUCCAAAGCAAACUUGAACGUAAGAACCAAAAAAACCAGUUGAAGAAGAACAAAAUCGAUAAGACUCUGCAACAACAGAAAUUGUUCAACUCCAAUAAAAUCGAAAGAAUCGUUACGAUUAUACCUUUGACCAAGAAUCAAUCCGUCGUGGAUAUUAUCAGUCGCAUCUUGAAUGAGGAGAUAGAUGGCAAGAUCGCUGAUGAAAGAGUGUUCACGGUUCCAAUUGAUAGAUUUAAAGCUACCAUCAAGUUCAUUAUACCAGAUCUGGACAAUUUGAUCUCAAUCUUAGAUGCAUGCAAAGUUUCAGAUUUUGUCAUUUUCGGACUAUCCGCAGUCGAGGAAGUGGAUUCAGCUUAUGGUGAACAAAUCAUAAGAGCCGUCGAGGCCCAGGGGAUUUCAACCAAUUUUGCAGUUUUGCCUGAUUUAGUUUCUAGUUACCCUAAGAAAAAUUUACAGCUAGAUGUCUACAAGUCUUUGUUCUCCUUUUACGAACAUUUCUUCCCUAAUGUUGAGAAGCUCUACACUCUGGAAAAUGAUAGCGAAUCUAUGAACUUAUUAAGGAACAUUUGCCAGAAGGUUCCUAAAGGUAUUCACUGGAGAGAUAACAGAGGCUAUUUACUGGCUGACAAGCUUGAUAAAGUUCAUAUAAAUGAGGUCGAGAGCGUUUUAACAAUUGAUGGCAUUGUCAGAGGAACAGGAUUCAACGUCAACGGAUUGAUACAUUUACCAGGUUUUGGAGACUUCCAAAUUGAAAAGAUUGAGAAGAUGAUUUCUAGAAGCAGUGAUAACGAUAUUAUACUACCAACCAAUAGAGAGUCUCUGAAUGUACUACAGGACAAAGAACAAGGUGAUCUAUCAAUGGAUCAAAUGGAAGAUAUAGAUGGAGAACUUAGCGAUUUAGAGGACGACUACCAGCUUGAUGAUGAUUGGAAUUUGGUUGACAAAAAGGCUGUUCCUAAGAGGAAGAGGCUUCCGAAGGGAAUGUCUGAAUACCAAGCUAGAUGGAUGAAGGAUGAAGAGAUUGAAGCAAUGAUUGCAGAAGUAGGCUUGCAGGAUAGUAGCGAUAUACCGACGGAAGAAAGUCCCAUGAAUGAUCUUGAUGCUGAAGAAGAGGAAGAAGACGACGACGAAGAAAUCAUGGAAGACGUUAUCUCCCCGGAAGAGCACGAAAAACAGUUACAAGAAUACAGAAAAAGAGAACGUGAGGAACUCGACUUUCCUGAUGAAAUCGAACUCCGUUUUGACGAGAUUGCCACUGAAAGAUUGGCAAAAUACAGAGGUGUCAAGUCUCUUGCCUCUUGCUUAUGGGAUUACGACGAAGUUGAUGAAAGAAGACCUGACGAUUGGUUGGAGUACUUAAGAAUCAAAGGUUACAGAAUUUACAGAAAUCAAAUGGUUAAGAAAUACAGAUCAGCUGUGAGUGUUGUUGCAGGUGACAAAGUUAGAAUAUCGAUUAAGUAUGAUGAAAACCUUUUCUCUCGUCUGGUUGAUCCAAGAACUAAACCGUUUGUAAUCUACUCAUUGUUACCAACUGAGAACAAGUUGGCAGUUUGCAACUUUUCAAUCCAGACGUGGGAAUCAUAUGAUGAACCAAUUAAGUCAAAGGAAGCAAUGGUAGUUCAAUACGGGUUCCGCAGAUACGCUAUCAAUCCAUUAUUCUCACAGCACACAAGAAACGCAAACAAUGUCGCCAAAACCCAAAGAUUUUUGCACAAGGGCCAAUUUGCUGUUGCAACUGCCAUUGUGCCAAUGUCGGCUACUAGUUUACCUGCACUUUUCUUUAAAUCUAACGCCGACGGUAGUGGCAUGCAAAUUUUAUGUCAAGGUACAUUUGAAAACACCGAUUUCACAAGAAUUUUGACCAAAAGAGUUGUUCUCACCGGUGAGGUUUUCAAGAUCCACAAUACGGUUGUUACAAUCAGAUUCAUGUUCCACAACUCCGAGGAUGUUAAUGCUUAUAAGAAUGUUCCGCUUUUCAGUAAGAUGGGCAGGUCGGGUUUUAUCAAAGAAUCGUUGGGUACCCACGGUGAUUUCAAAGCUUCAUUCGAUAGCAAGUUAAACCAGCAAGAUAUUAUUGGAAUGGAAUACAACUUAAAAAGACGUGUUGCACAACUAUUGCCUGUGAGCAACGAAACUUUCCAGUUGAAAGUUGCACACAGUAAAGACAGAGUUAAGUACGACGAUUUUGGAUUUGUUAUAGAGGAACCGACCAACUCUCAUAAACAAAAAGGUCGCAAAGUUAACAGCUUGAGGUACGAUUUGCUGCAUAGAGGCCGUGCUCCCAUCACCAACCGCAUUGCCAGCAGAGAUUCCAGUCCUGCUGCGUCAGAGAUAUCAACAUUUUCACUUGGUACUUUGAACUCUCAUAGUGAUUAUGAUUACGACACCGAUGAUUUAAGGUCUGAGAUCUCAGCUGCUACCAGACUUGAAUCAGAUUAUCAUACUGAGGAUGACUCUGUGACAGAUGAUUAUGCUACAGACAAUGAGUUGACAGAAGAAGAGUGCGAGCCUCUUGAACUCAAUGUGUGUUGCUAUUGUGGAGAUUCGUCUGAUAGUUUGGAUGACUGUAUUUCUCAUAUGUCUUUGACCCAUGGAUUGUACAUUCCUGAGUUACCAUAUCUAGCAGACAAAGAAGGAUUGGUAAGGCUUUUGUCAGAUACUACUGUUUUGGACAAAGAAUGUCUUAAAUGCGGAUUUACGAGCAAUAAGCUGGUCGGAAUAAGACAACAUAUACUUGCCAAGGGACAUGCAUGCAUACCUUAUGAAACCAGAGAAGAGAGACAAUUGUUUAGAAGAUUUUACGAUUUCAAUGAGGACGUUCAGAAUACGAAGGAAGCAAGAGAGGAACCUGGCGAGAGUGAAGUUAAGCAAAAAGAACAAGAGACAAGGAGACAAAGUGAGGAGGAUUACACUGUGGCAAGGAUAGAUUCCUCUGGAGUUGAGUUGGCGUUACCUAACGGCUCACGAUUGGGACAUAGGUCAAUGACUAGAUAUUACAGACAAAGUUUCCCGCGUGGAAACAAUGAAGCACAACAAAGAAGUGAAGAAGGUGAGUCUAAUUGA